CUCUGUAAUUAACAAUGGGUAUUCCACAGUAUAUAGUUGCUGGUCCAUCGGAGAUACUUGCCAUCACCGGAAGUGGCAUAAAAGAAAUUAGACUGGAGAAGAAGCACUUUCUAUGGCCCCUUCAAAAAUGCACCAGGCUUGAUAUAUCACCUGUCAACUAUUCGUUCGAAGUUCAAGCUAUGAGUGCUGAAAAACUCCCUUUUGUUCUCCCUGCUGUUUUCACAAUUGGGCCACAAAUGGACGAAAACAAUGAGAGUCUGAUUAAGUAUGCACAGCUUGUAUCUAAUCAUGACAAGAAUUCAAAUCAUGUUAAAGAACUUGUAAAGGGAAUUAUCGAGGGGGAAACGCGUGUUCUUGCUGCUUCAAUGACUAUGGAACAGAUCUUUAAGGGAACUAAAGAGUUUAAGAAAGAAGUAUUUGAGAAAGUGCAGCUUGAAUUGAAUCAAUUUGGGCUUUAUAUCUAUAAUGCUAAUGUUAAACAACUUGUAGAUGUACCUGGCCAUGAGUAUUUCUCUUACCUUGGACAAAAAACUCAGAUGGAAGCUGCUAACCAAGCUAAGAUAGAUGUAGCAGAGGCGAGGAUGAAAGGAGAGAUAGGUUCAAAGCAAAGAGAUGGAGAGACAAAGCAGAAUGCUGCUAAGAUUGAUGCUGAGACAAUGAUCAUAUCAACCAGAAGGCAAGGAGAAGGCAAAAAAGAAGAAGUUAGAGUAAAGACUGAAGUUAGAGUAUUUGAAAACCAAAAAGAAGCAGAGGUUGUUGAGGCAAGUGCUGAGCUGGCAAGGAAGAAAGCCGGGUGGUCUCGGACUGCCAGGCUGGCGGAGGUGGAAGCUGAGAAGGCGGUGGCAAUAAGAGAGGCAGAGCUGCAAAUGGAAGUGGAGAAGAAGAAAGCUCUUGCUCAGACUGCUAAGCUCAAGGCUGAUCUUCUCAGCAAGGCUAAUGUUGAAUACGAUAUUAAGGUGCAAGAGGCAAACUCAGUAUUAUAUAAGCGACAGAAAGAAGCGGAAGCUGCUCUAUUCGAGAGCCAGAAGAAAGCAGAGGCACAAAGAGCAAGUGCAGAUGCUGACCUCUAUGCUCGGCAGCAGGCUGCAAACAGUGAGCUGUAUGCAAAGCAAAAGGAAGCGGAAGGAGUAGCAGCGAUUGGAAAAGCACAAGCCAUGUACUUAGGAUCCAUUCUCAAGGAAUUGAAUCACGAUUACUCUGCUCUCAGAGACUAUUUGAUGAUCAACAACGGUAUCUUUAAGGAAAUUGCCCAACUCAAUGCUCAAGCAGUGAACGGUAUGCAGCCAAAGAUUAGCAUUUGGUCAAGCGCUAAUGGAGGUGAAAGGAAUGGUGGUGAAGGUGGGAGUGGAUUGAAGGAUGUUGCGGGUUUGUACCGCAUGCUGCCUCCUCUGCUUCAAACAGUGCAGGAACAAACUGGGAUGCAGCCUCCUGCUUGGCUUGCAACCUUACCUGAU